AUGGUCACCAAAGUCGCAUUCUUGGGUCCAGAAGGGACAUAUACACAUCAAGCAGUUAUCCAGCAGUUCGGCAACAAAGACAAUGUUCUGAUAUAUCCAGUCAAGACAAUUUCAGACUGUUUCAAAGAGAUCCACUCCAAAAAUGUAGAUUUCGCUGUGGUUCCAUUAGAAAACUCUAUCAAUGGUGGUGUAGUUUUCACUUUUGACCUCAUCAGAGAUUGGUUCAUACCGUCUUUGCAGAACAAUAGUAGACAAAAUGACGACACUGAGCAGUUUGUGUCUAUUCACCAUAACUUCUUAACUAGGGCAGAAGACGUCUCCAAGAUCACAUGUAUAUAUUCUCAUCCCCAGGUGUGGACCCAGGUCACAGGCUUCUUGUCAACUAUCCCGGCUAGCAUUCCCAGAAUAGACAGUACGUCUACUUCAAAGGCUGCUGAGUUGGUUAAUGGUGACGAAUCCAAUACCUCAGCCUGUAUCUCAUCUCAGAUGAGUUCAGACUUGUACCAAUUGCCUAUAAGAAAUGCCAACAUAGAGGACAAUCCUAACAACACCACCAGAUUCUUAGUUUUGGGAUACGAGAAACCACCCGCUCCAUCUCCAUCCCCAGCUCCAGAAGUUGGAGAGCCAGAAAGACCAGAUUCUCGUAUUACUUCUAUCAUCUUCACUUUGAAUCACAAUGAUCCAGGUGCACUUUGUGACGUAUUGUACGAGUUCAAGAAGAAUGGAGUCAACUUGACUUCGAUCACAUCUAGACCAUCCCAUUUGAAACAAUGGCAGUAUGUUUUCUUCGCAGAGGUCAUUGGCGAUCUGAGCAGUGACGCUAAUAUUGCUAAAGGUAUAGAGCUGGCUAGUAGUAUUUGUCUGGAAUUGGUAGUGCUCGGUUCCUUUGACAGAAGCUGGAGGUACUGGAAAUCAUCGUAG